GAUUUUUGCCUCCAUUGGAGAAGAGAGCCGAAAGAGAAGAACUUCCAUUGGAGCUUCCGCUUUCCUCCAUUGCUGCCGGGAGGAAGAAGAAGAAGAAGAUGCCUCCUAUUCUACUUCCAAAUUCCAGCUGCGUUUCAACUCAUCAUCAUCAAAGAUACAGUCCCUGUCGGAGACUUGCUGUAUACUACUACUGAAGAAGCUAUUUCGAACUACAAUUGAUCGUCAAGAUGCUAUAAUCUCUGUAAUUUCUCUAUUUCUGCUUUUGCACCCUUAAUAACUUUAUAACCGAAGAAAACCAGAUCCUUUAGAAGUUAAUUUUGUUGGAACUCUUGUGUUUUCUCAGACUAAACCUGCUGCAGCAAUCUCCAAAGGACUACACUGUUCUGUUUCAAGUUCCGUUAUAUUUUCCACCAUUCUCCCGUUACUGGACAUGAGACGAUUAAAGGAAGCACCUUUUUCAGCUGAAUGAUGUGGAGGCAUCUCCGGCCAAAAUCCAAAAAUUUCACCGGAAAUCCGUCAAUAGUUUUGAAGCCAUUCUCUUCAAUGUUAUUCUCGUCUUGUACUGAGGAAUGUUCAUCAACAUCAUAUUCUUAUUCUUUGAAUCGACCAAAUAUGGUGGAUAAUGUCCUCAAUUGCAGAAGCACUAAGCAAGCAUUAGAGAUGUAUAACUGGGCCACAACCCAAAAAGAUGCAAAGAGAAAUCUCAGGCUCUAUGCAGCUAUCGUUCAUGUCUUGGUAUGGAAAAGAUUAUACCUGCACGCCAGAUGUUUGAUAAAAGACCUCAUCCAGGAAAACCUCAAGAAACGGAAUCCCCACAAGGCGUGCGUCUCGUUUUAUGACGUUAUUACCGAAUUAGGAAUAUCUAGACGUACUAUUAACGUAUAUGGGGUUUUAAUCAUCGCUCUAUCCCAGAUGGGUUUAGUUGAAGAAGCAUAUUGGGUAUAUCGCAAGACUGCAGAUUUACCAUCUAUACAAUCUUGCAAUGCAUUGUUAGAUGGUUUAGUCAAGACCGAAAGAUUCGAAUUGAUGUGGGAGUUAUACGCAGAGAUGGUCUCUCGAGGGGCAAUUCCCACUGUUUUCACUUAUGGUGUACUGAUUGACGCAGCUUGUGAGGACGGAAACAUAUCAAAAGCAAGCAUUUUGAUUGAUGAAAUGGUCAAGAACGAAAUCAAACCCAAUAUGGUGAUCUACACAACAUUACUACGUGGCUUCUGCUUCGUCGGUAAAUUGGCAGAAGCAGACGAAUUGUUCGAUAAAAUGAGGAAAUCAAACGAAUUCCCCAACCUAUUUGCUUACAGUACUCUGAUCCACGCUCAUGGUAAAGUUGCAAACUUCAAACGGGCAAUAAACCUAUUCCGUGACAUGUUGGAACAUAACAUGUUUCCAAAUGUGGUAACGUUUGGUGCGGUAAUGGAUCUUUUCUGCAAAACCGGCGAGCUGGAAGCUUCUAGAAGCUUCUUCGCUUAUCUGACAAAACUCGGGGUUAUUCCGAAUAUAUUCGUGUACAACUCGUUCAUCGAAGGCUAUUGUCAAAUCGGUGAUCUUCCCCCAGCUGUAGAUUUACACUCGAAUAUGAUUCGGGCAGGGAUUCUGCCCGACAUAUUCACCAACAAUUCUUUCAUCAAAGGGCUUUGUGCAGUCGGAAAACUGGAAGAGGCGAGUAUUUUAUUACAGAAAAUGGACGAGGAGGGGGUUAGUUUGAAUUCCAUCACAUACAAUACUCUCAUCGACGGUUAUUGCAAAAACGGGAAUAUAGAGAAAGCUUUAGAAGUUUGUUCCCAAAUGAAUAAACACGGUAUAGAACCGAAUUCAGUUACCUACUCGACUCUCAUAGACGGUUAUUGCAAAAUGAAGAAUACAAAGGCUGCCAUGGGAAUAUACACCGAAAUGCUAAUCAAAGGCAUUUUGCCAGACGUUGUGGUCUACACUUCUUUGAUUUCGGGGCAUUUCAAUAACGAUAAUCCAAAGGCAGCUCAUCGUCUGUACAAAGAGAUGGUUGAAAACGGGGUCGCGCCAAACGUGUUCACUCUUUGUUGCUUGAUUCACGGGUUAUGUAAAGAGGGGAAAACCGAGGAGGCGGUGAAACUAUUCUCUGAGAAAACUAGCCAGGUUCAUUUGAAUCAUGUUGUUUAUACUGCUUUAAUACAGGGUCUUAGCGAUAAUGGGAAGAUUUUUGAAGCUAGCGAGUUUUUUUCACAAAUGCGACGCCAUAACAUGAAACCGGAUGUUUAUACUUAUUCGGUUCUUGUUCGGAGUCAUUUUCGAUGGAGGAAUUUGUUUGAUGUGACGAUGUUUCACGCCGAUAUGUUGAAAAUGGGCAUUGUUCCUAAUGUACUUAUAUAUUGUAUGAUGGCUAGAGGUUAUAGAGAGGUUGGCUGUUUCGAAUCAGCUUCAAUUUUUUCGGAAGAUCUAACCAAUUUAGGUUGUGUAAAUUCCUGAAUAAUUCCUUGAAUUGAAUCAAUGGUGGAUGAUCAAGAUCAGGAAGAAGGAACAUCAAUCAAUGGUAACAGAUUUAGCUUUUUUUUUUUUUUUUUUCAAGAAUGAACUAUUUGUAUAAUUGAUUGUAUUAAUUUAUACAAGUAGAAAUUUAGAU